UUUGGCAGCCAUGUUAUAUUUGUGUUAAAUGGUGGCUCUAAUGUAAAUAUGGAUUAAUGUUUUGUCCAUAUUAAUAUUGGAGCCAGUAUUAAUGUGGUAGAAUGAAAGUUCAUAAACAAAUAUAAAAUAUUCUGUCCCACCCGUAAUAAACCUAGAAUCGUCUGCCACCCUUUUCUCUCCUUGGAACAUAAAGUAGCGUACCACGUAGGAAAAACUGUUUUGAAGAUAUAGAAUUGUUCCUCGCCACUUCUUGAGACUCUCCCUUCAGAGUUAUGGCGGACUUUCUCGACUCCGAAGCGGAAGAAAGUGAGGAUGAGGAAGUCGAAGGAUACGGGAAAAAGAAUAAACGUGCAAAGGCCGUCGACAGUGAUGAUGAAGAUGAAGAAGAAGAUGAUGAGGACAAGCUUCGAGAAGAGCUAAAGGAUCUUAUAGAUGAUGCACCAAUUGAUGAAAGUGAUGGAGAAGAUUCUGAUGGAUCAGGUGGAAGUACAAAGCGUAAGAAACGGGAUGAUGAUGACGAUGAUGACUAUGAUGAUCGCCUUGAAGAUGAAGAUUAUGAUCUAAUUGAGGAGAACUUGGGAGUAAAAGUUGAAAGACGUAAACGUUUCAAACGUUUAAAACGAAUUCAAGAUGAAGAAUCAGAAGAGGAGCAAGAAGAACAAAAUGAAGAUGAGAGAGAUGCUAUUGCAAAUGAGUUAUUUGAAGGAUCAGACCACGAAAGGGAGGAAAUGGAAGAGGAGAGAGCCUCAGAAAGAGGAAGGGUUGAAACAGAACGUGUUGAUGAGGAAGAAGAUGAAGAGGGUGACUAUUCAGAUGAGGAUGAUUUCAUUGUAGAUGAUGAUGGUCGUCCAAUUGCUGACAAAAGAAAACGUCGAAAACCAAUAUUUAGUGAUGCAGCCCUGCAAGAAGCCCAGGACAUUUUUGGUGUGGACUUUGAUUAUGAUGAGUUUGAGAAGUAUGGUGAAGAUGAAUAUGAAGAAGAAGAGGAAGAUGAUGAGUAUGUUGAUGAUGACGGAGAAGAUGCUGAAAGAAGGAGGCGACCGAAGAAAGCAGCUCGCAAGAAGCCUACUAGAAAGUCAAUAUUUGAAAUUUAUGAACCUAGUGAACUGAAGAGGGGACAUUUCACAGAUUUGGAUAAUGAGAUCAGAGAGAAAGAUAUACCAGAGAGAAUGCAACUUCGUGACAUCCCUGUUACACCGGUUCCAGAGGGAUCUGAUGAACUGGAUGAUGAAGCAGAAUGGAUUUACAAACAAGCAUUCUGCAAACCAACUAUAUCAUGCCAGGAUGGACAUGGAGAUAUGAGAGAUAGGUCGAGAAAAGGUCCUCAAACUGUCGGAAAAAUCAAAAAGGCUUUAGAUUUUAUGCGAAAUCAACACUUGGAAGUUCCUUUCAUUGCCUUCUACAGAAAAGAAUAUGUUCAGCCUGAAUUAAAUAUAAAUGAUUUAUGGAAAGUGUAUAAAUUUGAUGAAAAGUGGUGUCAGCUACGAACAAGGAAAACAAAUUUAUUGUCAUUAUUUGAAAAAAUGCGGGAUUAUCAGGCAGAACAACUGAUGAAGGAUCCUGACCAGCCAAUUCCAGACAGUGUUCGUGUACUAAAGGAAGAAGAUAUUGAAAGGUUGAAAUCUGUUCAGACCACAGAAGAGUUAAAGGAUGUACAUUCUCAUUUCCUCCUUUAUUACUCACAUGAAAUUCCAGCCAUGCAGGCAGCAUGGAGAGCUAAACAGAGAGAAGCAGCUCUGGAAGCUCGUCGCAACAAAAGGAAAAAGACUCCUGUUGAGGGAGAAGAUGGAGAAGAAGCAGAACAGGAUGAAAAUGAAGCUGAAGAGCCUGAAGUUGUGGAGGAACCAACUGAAACCGAAACGGUGAAGCAAGCUGUCCGUAGUGGUCCAUUCACAAUGUGCAGAAAAGCUGGCUUAGAUGGUUUGGCUAAGAAAUUCGGUUUAUCUCCUGAACAGUUUGGAGAAAAUUUGAGAGAUAAUUAUCAACGCCAUGAAGUAGAACAAGAGCCAACAGAGCCAACUGAAGUUGCAAAGGAGUUUGUCAGCAGCAAAUUUUCAUCAGUGGAUGAUGUACUGAAAGCUGUUAAGUUCAUGGUUGCAAUGCAGUUGUCACGUGAUCCACUUGUUAGGAAAUGUGUGCGAGAGACUUUCUUUGAACGUGCGAAGAUCAAUGUAAAACCCACGAAAAAAGGCAUAAAAGAAAUUGAUGAAAGUCAUCCUUGUUACAGUAUGAAGUAUGUUAAGAACAAGCCUGUCCGUGAUCUGACUGGAGACCAGUUUCUGAAGCUGACAAUAGCUGAAACUGACAAGCUUCUGACAGUUACAAUCAGUGAGCAAAUUGAUGGAAUAACAUCAUCUUCAUAUAUUGAAGAAGUUAAACAGCUAUAUUACCGGGACGAAUUCAGCAAAAAUGUCCAAGAGUGGAAUUCACUUAGAGUAAAUUGUGUGGAGCUGGCACUGAAAUGCCUCCUGCUUCCGGAUUUACGUAAAGAACUACGAACAAAUCUUCUAAUGGAAGCAAGAGAAUCUGUUCUUAGAACGUGUUGCCGCAAAUUGUAUAAUUGGCUGAAGGUUGCACCAUAUUCAGUGGAGUUCACAGAUGAGGAAGAAGAAGAGUGGGACACCAGUAAAGGGUUAAGAGUUAUGGCAGUAGCUUACGUUCCAGAUUACAGUCAAGCAUCUUUUGCUUGUAUGGUUGGGCCGGAUGGAGACUGCACUGACUAUCUCAGAUUACCCCAUUUGCUGAGAAGGAAAAAUUCAUUUAGAGAAGAAGAAAAGUUGCAGAAGGAAGCAGACUUACUUGCUUUACGAAAUUUUAUCUACACCAAGAAGCCUCAUGUGAUUUGUGUUGGAGGAGAGUCACGGGAAGCACUUAUGGUGGCUGCUGAUUUGAAGGAAAUAGUCAGUCAGCUAGUAGAAGAGGACCAGUUUCCAACAAUAGCUGUGGAAAUAUGUGACAAUGAAUUGGCUAAAGUGUAUGCCAAUUCUAUAAAAGGAGAGAAUGACUUCCGUGAUUAUCCUCAUCUGCUACGACAAGCUAUAUCAAUUGCUAGAAGAAUGCAAGAUCCACUUAUUGAGUUCUCUCAGCUUUGUACAUCUGAUGAAGAAAUCUUGUGCCUUAGAUACCAUCCUUUGCAGGACCAGCUGGUAAGAGAGGAACUGCUUGAAGCACUGUAUCUUGAGUUUGUGAAUCGAACCAACGAAGUAGGUGUUGACAUAAAUUUGGCUGUCCAGCAAGCAUACACAUGCAACCUUGUCCAGUUUGUUUGUGGUCUUGGUCCAAGAAAAGGACAGGCACUGCUGAAGUUGCUCAAACAGAACAAUCAGAGACUUGAAAACAGGACCCAGCUUGUGACGUCUUGCCGUAUGGGUCCAAAAGUUUUCAUCAACUGUGCAGGGUUUAUUAAGAUCGAUACAAAUUCCUUAGGAGACAGCACUGAAGCGUAUGUAGAAGUCCUUGAUGGCUCAAGAGUACAUCCCGAAACAUAUGAAUGGGCACGGAAAAUGGCUGUAGAUGCCCUAGAAUAUGAUGAUGAAGAUCCUAAUCCUGCUGGUGCUUUGGAAGAAAUUCUAGAGUCUCCAGAAAGAUUAAAAGAUCUUGAUCUUGAUGCAUUUGCUGAAGAACUUGAGAGACAGGGCUUUGGUAACAAGAGUAUUACCUUAUAUGAUAUCAGGGCAGAACUCAAUCAUAGAUAUAAGGACUUACGAAGCCCAUAUACAUCACCUAAUCCUGAAGAACUGUUUAAUAUGCUGACUAAGGAAACACCAGAAACAUUCUUCAUUGGAAAAAUGGUACUUGCGACUGUUAUAGGCAUUACGCACAGGAAACCUCAAGGAGACCAGUUGGACCAAGCAAACCCAGUACGUAAUGAUGAAACUGGACUCUGGCAGUGCCCUUUCUGUUUGAAGAAUGAUUUUCCGGAACUUUCAGAGGUGUGGAAUCACUUUGAUGCUGGAGGUUGCCCUGGCCAAGCCACAGGAGUAAGAUUACGACUAGACAAUGGUAUUUCUGGUUAUGUUCACAUUAAAAAUCUCUCUGAUAAGCAUGUGAGCAAUCCAGAAGAGCGAGUUACAAGAGGACAAACCAUACAUUGCCGGGUAAUUAAAAUUGAUGUGGAGCGAUUUUCUGUGGAAUGUACAUCAAAAAGCUCUGACCUUGCUGACAAAAAUCAUGAAUGGAGGCCUCCUAAAGAUCCCUUUUAUGAUAAUGAAGCAGAAGAUAAAGAUCUGAAAGCAGAAGAGGAAGCUAAAAAGAUGAAACAGCGGCAAACAUACAUAAAACGUGUUAUUGUCCAUCCUUCUUUCCAUAAUAUUUCUUUCAAGGAAGCAGAAGAAAUUAUGAAUCAGAUGGAUCAGGGUGAAGUAAUAGUUCGACCUUCAAGUAAAGGUGCAGAUCAUCUCACAGUUACAUGGAAAGUGACUGACGGAGUCUACCAGCACAUAGAUGUAAGGGAAGAAGGAAAGGAAAAUGCAUUUAGUUUGGGUCAGUCACUUUGGAUUGGCAAUGAAGAAUUUGAAGAUUUGGAUGAAAUCAUAGCCCGUUAUGUCAAUCCAAUGGCUGCACACGCUCGAGACUUAUUAUCAUUUAAGUACUACCGAGAUACUGAAGGUCUGAAGGACAAAGCAGAAGAGCUUCUGAAGGAAGAGAAGAAGAAAAACCCCUCUAAAAUUCAUUACUUUACCAGUGCCUCCAAGAGCUAUCCUGGAAAAUUUUUGCUGUCAUACCUACCAAGAACAAGAUGUCGGCAUGAGUAUGUGACUGUGACUCCGGAAGGAUUUCGAUUUAGACAGCAGAUUUUUGAUUCACUAGGUUCAUUGUUCCGUUGGUUUAAAGAACACUUCAGAGAUCCAGUACCAGGUACACCAAGUACACCUCGUGGUGCUGCAACCAACAGAACACCUUACCAGACACCAAACAUUAAUAUUGCUGGCAUGAACCCAGAAGCAAUACAGAGGGUUGCUCAGAAUAUGCCAACACACAUGUUGCAUAGUCUGUCUCAGGUUGCAAGCCAGACGCCACAUUAUCCUCACACUCCUGGUGGCGGUACUUAUGGAGCCAAUGUUCAUACUUAUCCAAACACCCCAUACACUCCAUCUGGACAAACACCUUUUAUGACUCCCUACCAUACUCCACAUAUGACACAGACACCUAGGUAUGGACAGCAGACACCAUCCCACACGCAAGGAGGCUUUUUGCAUCCAGGUUCUGUAACGCCAUCUCAUAGAACACCUUCUCAGAGAGCAGCUCAUACUCCACAUACACCACAGCCAAGGCCACAAGUUACGCCACAAACCUCAGAGCCAAUGGACUGGAGAAAAGCUGCUGAAGCAUGGGCAAAAUUGAAAAAUCGUGAAGCAGGUUUGGGAACACCAAGGCAAGAUGGUCGAACAACACCACGUCAACACAGUGGAGGUUCAACACCACGAUUUGAUGAUAUAAGGAAGACAACUCCUCAGUUUGAUGAGGCUGGCCGAGCUACACCAAGAAGCAACAGUAGUGGCAGUAGCAGCUUUAACAUAAGUGUCAGAUCGAACAAUAGCCGUUUAGCUUAUGGGUUGUCAGUAAACAAUAUGAAAUCACCAAGAAGUACUUCAGGAUCAGGACGUGACAGCCUUCGAUCUACACCCCGCACUAACACUAGCCCACAUUCUAUGAUUGAAAGUUCUUUGAGUGGUGAUGCUACACCACUAUAUGAUGAAAACUAGUGUUUUAACAGAUUACAAUGUCAGUUACUGCUGUGAAUUCAUUUGCAAAACACCACUAACUGUGCUGUUCCAGUGAUAUUUAAAAACUGGGUGAAAACAAUGUGCUUAAGAUUUAUGCCUCCUUAAAAAGUAUUUGGAGUGUGCUGUUUGGCUUCAGAUAGUAACUUACCAGCUUCAGAUUAUCCUGAGUCUGAAAAGAAGUUGUUUUUAUAAGAUAUCUUUUGUAAUAAAGAUAUAUAAUUUGUUUUGUAUAAAUGUGGAUUAAGCUUUUGUUUAAAGGUAUAAUGAUUUUAUGAUUUUAUCAAAAAGAAUUUGAUUUUUGUACAAAUGUUAAAUAUUCUAUAUGUGCAGAAGGACCAUUCUCCUGGUUUACAUGAGAAUUAUUAUUUAUUUUUUACUGAAAUUUGUGAAAUAUUUGGAUAGUUUGAAAAGUUUCCUCAGAUAGUGGCAUUUGAUUUGUAUUGUAUUGGUAAAGAAGCACAUUUAUUGUCACUGCUAAUGGUCACACAACAUUCAAAAGCAAUAAUAACCUUCACUACAUUAUACUAGAUGUGUUCUUUCACAAACAAUGCAUUUCAUAUUUUCAUGUAGAAUAAACUCGUGUUACAUUCAUAAUACUUUCACAGUCAGAUUAAUGUGUUCUCAUUUGUGCCACUUAACAAAUAGCUUUGAUACAUAAACAGUUUUAUACUUGUUUUAGUAAUAAUUUUUUACAUUUUACUUUCUAGUUGACUCUGUGAGAGAUGGAAGAGCUUUCACUUACAGAUUCCUUAGAAAAGGGCAGCCACAUAAGGGGUUAUGCACUUGUAUGCAAAUAGAAAAUAUUGCUCGUUUAAUCUCAUGCUUUCGGAAUAUGAGAGAUCAUAUGUCCUCUUGUUUUCAUAGGUCGAGAGGGGAUGGGGGCAAUAAUCACUCCUGUCUCAAAUUGUCAUUAGCAGGUGUACAUCUCCUGUCUCUCAUAUUGUCAGUUUAAAUAUAUUGCUCCCUCUUUUUUUACUUUGGUCAUACUGUUCUCUGUCCAAAUUGCUCUUUAUUCUUUCAUGACAUAUACAGAUUUGUCCAACAUUCAAAGUUCCUGAUGUUAAAAACUAUUCAAAUGUUAUAACUUUUGUGCAGAAGUGUAUUACAAAAGAAAUUUUUUCCA